AUGGGCAGUGAGGAAGAGGAAGAGAGCGAAGAGGAAGAAAUCUCACAGCAACAUCAAUCUGAGCUGCUCAAACUGGACGCUAGGGUGGUUUCCAGGAAUUGCAAGAGCCUGCGCUGGAGGGUGGUGCAGCCGUCCAGCAGCAGCAAGGUCCUAGCAGGGGAGGGACCACCCAUCCUAGUUCUGCAGAAGGGCUACGAAUGCGAGGACUGCGGGAAAGUCUUCAGUUGCAGCUCGCACUACAGCAAGCACCGGCGAACGCACACGGGCGAGCGCCCCUUCCAUUGUGAAGACUGCGGCAAAAGCUUCAACGUCAGUUCUAACUUAUAUAGGCAUCAGCGGGCACAUGCCAGUGCCAACACCUCCCCAGGAACCCCCUCUCCAGCCCUCCUGCCCACCCGGGGCUUGCCCUACCAGUGUGCCGAGUGCGGUCGGUGUUUCCGCCGCAAUACCGAGCUGGUGACUCACCAACGGCUCCAUACUGGCCGGCUGCCCUUCCAGUGCGGUGACUGCGGCAAGAGCUUUUCCUGGAGUUCGCAUUUUGCCCGGCACCUGCGCAUCCACACUGGGGAGAAGCCCUAUCCUUGCAACGAGUGUGGCAAGCGCUUCAGCCGCAGUUCCCAUCUCUACCGCCACCAGCGCACUCAUGGCACCAACGCGGCAGCCAACGUUACCCGUGCCUACAUCUGUACCUACUGUGGACGCAGCUUCAGCACCACGCUGCACUUUGACCAGCACCAGCGUACCCAUCGUGGCCGCAAGCCCUACAAGUGCACCCUUUGUGGUAAAGCCUUUGCCGAUGGCUUGGCAUUGGUGAAGCACCAGCGUUUGCACUUGGUUGGGGGGGACCAGAGCCACCAGUGCUCAGAAUGUGGGCAGAGUUUUGGGGGGCGGUCCCAGCUGGCCCGCCACCGCCGUCUCCACGGCACUGCUGAUAAGCCGUUUGGUUGUGGGGAGUGCGGGCAAAGCUUCAGUGCUCGCACUCAGCUGGCUCAGCACCGGCGGCUUCACAUCUCCACCGAUAAGCCGUACCACUGUGGGGAGUGUGGGCUCAGCUUUACGUGGAGCUCCCACUGGGAGCGACACCGACGCAUUCACACAGGCGAGAGGCCCUACUCCUGUGGCGACUGUGGCAAGUGCUUUGGGCGCACCUCCCACCUGUAUCGACACCAACGCACCCAUGCUGGGGGGCAGCCCCACAUCUGCCCUGACUGCGGCAAGAGCUUCAACAGCACCUUGCAUUUCCAGCGACACCAACAUGCCCACCACCACAACCCAGAUGGUUCUCAGCUCUCUGCCCACGGGUGUGGAAAUUGUGGUGAGCUGUGUGCCGAUGCCUCCGCUUUGCUCAAACACCAGUGUGUGCAUGUGGAGGAGAGGCUGUAUCCCUGCCCCCAGUGCAAACGGCACUUCUGCGGGACCUCACACCUUUACCGGCACCUCAGAAGUCAUGCCCAGCAGACAGAAGAGACAAACCACCUGAUCCCCAACGUCAUGCAGGAAAACUAUGAGAACGUGAUCUCACUGGUCAUGGAAUCUGAACGGAGCCAAGCACCGCAGGCCCCGACGCAGAAUCAAGCAGCCGGGCCAAGCGAAAGUGGACUCAAUGCUGACCUCCGUCGCCAGCUGGGCUUCAUCCUGCAGACGGCUGGCCGGAGCCAAGUGGAGAAGAUGCUGCGGGAGCUGGUGAAAGAGCAGAGCCAGGAAGGGAAGCGGAAAGCAAGGAAGAAGGCACCUAACAGCCUCAGAGAUGAAGCUGCUGGGGAGAAUGAAGAAGAGCUGCAGCCAGAACAAGACCGUGUGGAGAAGGAGGCACCGCCAUCAAGGAGAUCUAUCAGCCCAGAUGAGGCUUGUGCAAGCAGCAAUUGGGGCCCGCAGAGCCUAGAGGACCAACAGCCUCCUCAAGACUCUGCUGUGCAUCAGCAGGAAGGGAAGAAUUCCGACAGCCACAGGCAUCUGGAAAAGUCGGGGGUGUGUGGGGAGCGUGGGAAGAAAAGCAUGAGUGGUAAUGGUCGAGGCCAUGGCAUGCCCACACCAGAAAAACCACACCAAUGCACCAAGUGUGGACGUUGCUUCCGGCAACACUCCAUCCUGGCUAAGCAUCAGAAGAUCCACACUGGGGAGAAGCCCUACCUAUGUGUGGCUUGUGGCAAGCGAUUCAACCGCAGCUCCAACCUGGUGCAGCACCAGCGCGUGCACACAGGGGAGCGUCCCUUUCCCUGCACAGCCUGUGGCAAGGCUUUCACCCAGAAAUCGGAUCUGGAGCGUCAUCAGCGGGUGCACACAGGGGAGCGGCCAUACGCCUGCCAGGAGUGUGGGAAAUGCUUCUCCGUCAGCUCCCACCUUGACCGGCACAAGCGCACCCACCAAGACAACCCUCAGGAGCAGCCAUCGGCCGCCCCUCUAGUCCCUGCUACCCACUACUGUCCCGACUGUGGGAAAUGUUUCAGACAUCGCUCUUCUCUCUCUAAGCACCGUAAGACCCAUUUGGGGGAGCGCCCUUACCCCUGCAGUGCCUGUGGCAAGCGGUUCAGCCGCAGCUCCAACCUGGUACAGCACCAGCGCAUUCACACGGGGGAGCGCCCGUUCCCUUGUGCCGACUGUGGCAAGAGAUUCAUCCAGCGUUCUGACCUGGAGCGACACCAGCGGGUGCACACCGGGGAACGGCCCUAUACCUGUGCCCAGUGCGGCCAGAGUUUUUCCGUGAGUUCCCAUCUGGACCGGCACCAGAGAGUCCAUCAAGCCUUUAAGCCCUACAAGUGUGAGGGUUGUGGGAAGGCCUUUGCCCAGCGCUCAGUGUUGAUGAAGCACCAGCGCAUCCACACCGGCGAGAAGCCUUUCUCGUGUGGGGAGUGUGGCAAGGGCUUCAUCCAGAAGUCGGAUCUGACCAUCCACCAGCGCAUGCACACCGGGGAGAAGCCGUAUCGCUGUGACACCUGUGGCAAGUGCUUUAGUGUCAGUUCCAACUUGCUGACUCACCAGCGCACCCAUCUGGGGGAGAAACCCUACGCCUGUGGGGAGUGUGGGAAGGCCUUCGUCCAGCACUCGGAGCUGACCAUCCACCAGCGCACACACACUGGGGAGAAGCCCUACAAAUGCAGUCUCUGCAGCAAAUGCUUCAGCCGCAGCUCUCACUUGAACCGUCACCGGCGCACCCACGAUUAUGGUGCAUUUACAAAAGGGAAACCAGAGGAAGAUGCUCUUGUGGGAGAGAGAACGCAACAUCUGGAGGAAGAGGCCUUGGAACAACUGAAAAAGGACAACACCAUCGUCAUCCUGCCAGCUGAUAAGGGCAGGGUGACCGUUGUCAUGGACAGAUCAGUGUACACCGACAAAGCCCUAGCGCUGCUCAAUGACGUCACAGCCUACAGAGUCAUCACCAAAGAUCCGAUGACAACGCUCAAGAAUCAUCUGGUGGUCGCUGUGAUAAGGGACCGCCUACAAGAGGAGCAAGAACAGCAUCUGGACUCCCUCCACACUAAUGACCUGAUACAACUGUUAACCCUGUGCCCAAAAACGUAUUUCACCUUUCAGGGCAUCAUAUAUGAACAAAUUAAAGGGACGCUGAUGGGAUCUCCCAUCUUGGGCAUCAUUGUGGAGGCGGUUCUGUAG